AUGGGAAAAAAAACACACACACACACUGAGCAGAAGAACGAAAGGGCAGGAGAGAUCAGAGAAAUUUCGGAAGAUUCUCGUGGAAGAUCAAGAUUUUCUUUUAUAGAUUUCUUGGGUUCGAAUUUCUCGAUUUCAUUAGCUUUGGAAAGAAUUUGGAGAUUCGGAUACUUACUCCCACAAUCUCACCAGCUAAUGGCAAAACCAAAAUCACGACAUACGGGAAAGAAGAAAAAAAAUCAAGGUGACCCAGAAGUGGACCCAGCCGAUGAAGAUUGUUGGGUGGUGGUCAAGAAGCAGAGAGUCACUAUUUUAAUCCCACCAUUGUCCAGUAAGGAACAGCCCAUAAAUUCUAACGCUGCAGACCCUCAGAUCCAAGAGCCUGGAAAAACUAAUUCUGAGCCACAGUGUCCAUCAGGUACACUUGUCCAAACGCAUUUGUCUCCUGCAAGGGAGAAAUCGAUCUCGGUGUCUCCCGAGGAGGAUCUUCCGCCGGCUAAUAUAGUCCAUCCUUCUGAACCUGUUCUACCAUCCGAGCUACAGCACAGGGUUGAUUUGGACAAUUCACCAAUUCAUAGUUUUAGAGAGGAUGAAAUGAUAGGAUUUGGCAGCACAUCAAAAGUGAGUAAGAAGUUUAUGAUAUUUGCUGAUACAAGCACACUGCUAAAUCGAAGAAUGAGAGCAUUAUAUCUCGAGAAAAAACUCCGUAGUGCUGGAGGAUUGAACAACUGGCUAGUUUCCCUAGGCCUCAGCCGCUUCAUAACCAUUUUUCAGAGCCGGAGUGUCAACAAAUUUCAGUUGGCUAAUCUUACCAUGCAGAAGCUUAAAGAUAUGGGUGCAGUAGCUGUUGGUCCUCGGAGAAAGCUGAUGCAUGCCAUUGACUGCCUUUGCCAACCCCAUUGUUUCGAGUAUCCAUGA